AUGAAACAGAAGAAGAUAUUUACUUGGUUCACUACAGUCAAGAUGAGUACGUUUAACAGCAUUUUGCUGAAGAUUUCAGGUGAACUUGUUGGUGAUCAAUUGGAGAAAAUGAAGUUCCUGUGUAAUAAAGAAAUAGGAAAAAAUCGUCUCGAGAAGAUAACCUGUGGCUUACAACUUUUUAUGGUCCUAAUGGAAAGAAAUACACUUGGACCUGACAACACAGUAUUUCUAGUUUCGCUUUUGACAGGCAUUGGUCGCCUAGAUCUUGCGGACAAACUUACCAUCUGUGAAAGCCAAUAUGCUGGAUCACCGAAUUCUCUUCUCAACGAUGAGGAGCAAUCAAAACUUGACAUCGCAACAGAAAUGAUCACUAACAACAUUGGAAGGAAGUGGCGAACAUAUGGUCGUAAACUUGGUCUGCCAGAGGCCAAACUCGUCCAUAUCGCGCAGAAGCACCCAAACAACCUGGAAGAGCAAGUGGUGGAGGUUUUGAAGGAAUGGCGGAAAAAGCAGAAAGCUGAGGCCAAAACAGACACUUUGAUUAAGGCCCUUCGCUCCUGUGAUCAGAACUGCACUGCUGAUCUGAUACAGACAGAACUUGAAAAACUUAAUGCCAAUGGUGGACAGUGAAAGUGUGACAAACAAUCUUCAUCUUUUCUUAGGCCUCUUAUGUUGUUUAAUCAAUGGAUUAUUUAUUCAUUGCUUUCACAAUGAGUUUGGUGCUUUUAUACGAUUCAGUAAAUUCACCACAAUUUGUUGGCAAUAUUGGUAUACCAGUAUACUCAUGGACCAGUAUAAUUUUAUAGAAAGUAGCCCAGUGCACUCUGGGUACAUACAUUCCUACUACAUAUUGUAAGGGAAUUUGGGAGAAACUUGAUUGGACUAUAGAUAUUAUAAAAUUGUAUAGAUAAUGUGCAUUUAAAUGUGAUAUUAAUGUAUCCACUGUUGAGAUUAGUAAACUGGUAAAAGAUUAGUAAACUCCCUCAAGCUGGUAAAAAUACUUUUCUAAUUAUUUAAUGUUGAAGUAAACUCAAAAAUGGAUUUGUUUAUGAUUGUAGUCAUGCCAUUCCAAAUUCAACAAAACCCACAACUGUUUAUGUUUGGGGUUACUGUGAACAUGUUCCAUAGUUGCUGUAAUACUUGUCCAAAGCAUUUACACGUAACCUAAACCGGCUGCAUGCGUGCGCUAUCGUGCACAAAUUUAUUUUGUCCCCUACACCAAACGCGAUCAUGACACGCAGGUUAAAAUAUCAAAACAAACUCUGAACCAAUGAUAUUAAUUUGGGACAGGUCGAAAAGCAUUAAACAUGAAUGGCAAUUUAACUAGGUAGCUCGCACUUGCAAGCUAAUUUGUCCUAUUUAGCUAACUUGCUGUUGCUAGCUAAUUUGUCCUGGGAUAUAAACAUUGAGUUGUUAUUUUACCUGAAAUGCACAAGGUCCUCUACUCUGACAAUGAAUCCAC